UAGCGCUGACACCGAGAGCGCCCGUGGAAACUCACCACCCACCCCUGGCUCGGCGCAGGGGGACGCGGGCAGAGGGGCGCAAGAGCUGUCAAUCUAUAAAUACUCUUGCAAAUAAGGCAGGCGGCCGCCAGAAGGAACGGGAACAGUUCGGUGGACUAUCUUUCUCUGGAUUAUAAACCCGAUUGAAGGGAAUUUGCGCUGGGAGAUUAUUCAUCGAAUCUUGCGUCACUGACAGCUCGGCAGAGAGAUUCCUCGUUCAACCACAUCUAUUGUAGGAAAGCAUUUCAAUCGGAGAGAAGGAAAGGCCAGCUGUCUGUCCUCCUCGGAUUUUUCCUUCCCCCGUCCUCCAUUCCCUCCCCCCUGGUCUUCGGCCCCUCUUGUGCCGGCUAGCAUGGCUUUUAGCCGGGUGGAGAGGCGCCGCUGCCUCUCCCUCUGCCCUCUUCCCUCAUGUUAACCAUGGUCCGUGCGAACGCGUCCUCGGACCGAGACUCCACCGCGCCGAACAUGGACCCCGUCAUCAUCCCCAUCGACGCCGAGAUGAUCUGCGACAGUAAUGACCAGCGCAUGUGGUGGGCCUUCCUCGCCUCGUCUAUGGUCACCUUCUUCGGGGGCCUCUUCAUCAUCCUGGUGUGGAGGACCAUCCAGUACCUGUGGGCGGUCUGCUGUCACUGCGGCCUCAAGAACAAGAAACCUCCCCUGGUUGUGACAGGAGGAACUCAGAAGGAUGCGCAGAAAAUUGGCGGUGCAGCCAGUCAGCCGGACGAUGCCCUCCAUGACCUGGAUGAGAAGGAGGAAGUACCACAGGGUGAGGUGGGCUGGAUGACCUCGGUAAAGGACUGGGCCGGAGUCAUGAUAUCUGCCCAGACACUCACCGGCCGAGUUCUCGUGGUCUUGGUGUUUGCCCUCAGCAUUGGUGCACUUGUAAUAUACUUCAUAGAUUCUUCAGACCCAAUAGAAUCCUGCCAGAAUUUCUACGAUGAUUUCACAUUACAGAUUGACAUGGCAUUCAACGUGUUCUUCCUCCUGUACUUUGGACUGCGGUUUAUUGCAGCCAAUGAUAAGCUGUGGUUCUGGCUGGAAGUGAAUUCCGUGGUGGAUUUUUUCACCGUUCCACCCGUCUUUGUCUCCGUGUACUUGAGCAGAAGCUGGUUGGGUUUACGAUUUUUAAGAGCGCUGAGAUUGAUACAGUUCUCAGAAAUUUUACAGUUUCUAAAUAUCCUAAAAACAAGUAACUCCAUCAAGUUGGUGAAUCUACUCUCUAUAUUUAUAAGCACAUGGCUAACAGGAGCUGGCUUCAUACACUUGGUGGAGAACUCAGGAGAUCCUUGGGAAAAUUUCCAGAACUCCCAGCCGCUGACUUACUGGGAAUGUGUCUACUUGCUGAUGGUCACCAUGUCAACAGUCGGAUAUGGGGAUGUUUACGCAAGGACCACUCUUGGGCGCCUUUUCAUGGUCUUCUUCAUCCUCGGGGGUUUGGCCAUGUUUGCAAGCUACGUCCCUGAAAUCAUAGAGUUAAUAGGGAACCGCAAGAAAUAUGGUGGUACCUAUAGUGCGGUAAAUGGAAGAAAGCACAUAGUGGUGUGUGGGCACAUCACCCUGGAGAGUGUGUCCAACUUUCUAAAGGACUUCUUGCACAAAGACAGGGAUGAUGUGAAUGUAGAAAUUGUCUUUCUGCACAAUAUUUCCCCUAACCUUGAGCUUGAAGCUCUUUUUAAAAGACAUUUCACUCAGGUGGAAUUCUUCCAAGGUUCUGUUCUGAAUCCACAUGAUCUCGCCAGAGUCAAGAUAGAGUCAUCAGACGCUUGCUUAAUUCUGGCCAACAAGUACUGUCCUGACCCUGAUGCUGAAGAUGCUUCGAACAUCAUGAGGGUAAUAUCUAUCAAAAAUUAUAAUCCAAAGAUAAGAAUUAUUACACAGAUGCUACAAUAUCAUAACAAGGCCCAUCUGCUGAACAUACCCAGCUGGAACUGGAGGGAGGGCGAUGAUGCAAUUUGCCUCGCGGAACUGAAGCUGGGCUUCAUAGCUCAGAGUUGCCUGGCUCCAGGCCUCUCUACGAUGCUGGCCAACCUCUUCUCCAUGAGGUCAUUUGUCAAGAUUGAGGAGGAUACCUGGCAGAAAUACUACCUGGAAGGUGUGGCAAAUGAGAUGUACACAGAAUACUUGUCCAGUGCCUUCAUAGGAUUGUCCUUCCCAGCAGUUUGUGAGUUGUGCUUUGUGAAGCUGAAGCUGUUACUGUUGGCCAUAGAAUACAAAUCAGACACAAGGGAAAGCAGCAUACUAAUCAAUCCUGGGAACCACAUCAAGAUCCAUGAAGGCACAUUGGGUUUCUUCAUUGCAAGUGACGCUAAAGAAGUGAAAAGGGCCUUUUUCUACUGUAAGGCUUGUCAUGAUGACAUCACUGACACAAAAAGGAUUAAGAAAUGUGGCUGUAAACGACUUCAAGAUGAAAACCCAAAAGCGCUGUCUCCCAAAAAGAAACAGCGAAAUGGAGGCAUGCGAAAUUCACCCAACAGUUCUCCCAAGCUGAUGAGGCACGACCCUCUGUCACUCCCCGGGAAUGACCAGAUCGAAGAGAAAGACUCAAGUGUGAAGCGAUACGAUUCCACCGGCAUGUUUCACUGGUGCCCAGCCAAAGAAAUGGAGAAGGUAAUCUUGACCCGGAGUGAAGCUGCUAUGACAGUAUUAAGUGGUCACGUGGUUGUGUGUAUCUUUGGGGACAUGAACUCUGCCUUGGUCGGCUUACGAAACCUCGUCAUGCCUUUACGGGCCAGCAACUUCCAUUACCACGAACUGAAGCACAUUGUUUUUGUCGGGACACUGGAAUAUCUGACGAGAGAGUGGGAGACCCUUCACAACUUCCCCAAAGUUUCGAUAUUGCCGGGUACGCCAUUAUGUCGAGCUGAUUUAAGAGCUGUCAACAUCAACCUCUGCGACAUGUGUGUUAUUUUAUCAGCCAAUCAGAACAAUAUCGACGAUUGUUCGCUCCAAGACAAAGAAUGCAUCUUGGCGUCACUCAACAUCAAGUCUAUGCAGUUUGAUGACAGCAUAGGGGUCUUACAAGCUAAUUCCCAAGGAUUCACACCUCCGGGGAUGGACAGAACAUCACCAGACAACAGUCCCGUCCACGGACUGGUCCGACAGACCUGCAUCACCACAGGAGCCAACAUCCCAAUGAUGACUGAGCUAGUUAAACCUGGCAAAUUGCUCCCUUUGGUUUCAUUCAGUCAGGAAAAAAACACUGGAGCCAACAUCCCAAUGAUAACUGAGUUGGUGAAUGACUCCAACGUUCAAUUCUUGGACCAAGAUGAUGACGAUGAUCCAGAUACCGAGUUGUACCUGACGCAGCCAUUUGCAUGUGGGACCGCAUUUGCUGUCAGUGUGUUAGACUCACUAAUGAGUGCGACAUACUUCAACGACAAUAUCCUGACUCUGAUACGGACAUUAGUGACGGGGGGAGCCACGCCGGAGCUGGAGUCGAUGCUUGCUGAAGAAAACGCCUUGCGUGGUGGCUACAGCACCCCGCAGACGCUGGCAAACAGGGACAGGUGUCGGGUGGCACAGCUGGCUCUGUACGAUGGCCCCUUCGCGGACCUUGGGGAUGGUGGCUGCUAUGGAGACCUGUUCUGCAAGGCCUUGAAAACCUAUAACAUGCUGUGCUUUGGAAUUUACCGACUGCGAGAUGCACAUAUGCGGUCGCUAAAUCCGUGUACCAAGCGAUAUGUAAUCGCAAAUCCACCGUAUGAGUUUGAACUUGCCUCAACUGAUGUGAUCUUCUGCCUGAUGCAAUUUGACCACAAUGCUGGCCAGUCUCGUGGCAGCGUAUCGCACUCGUCUCAUUCCUCACACUCUUCCAGUAAGAAAAGCUCGUCUGUGCACUCAGCCCCAUCUUCCACCAACCGUCCAAACCGCAACAAGGCAAGGGAUCCCCGGGAAAAGCAGAAAAAAGAAAUGGUUUACAGAUGAAACUGAUAACGCCUUCCCCAGGAACAUUCAGAUAAAACCACUGAGCGGUCACAUGGCUAAUCAAAUCAAUCAGUACAAAUCCACCAGCAGUUUGAUCCCACCCAUAAGAGAGGUAGAAGACGAAUGUUGAUACCUGUACAAACUCUAAACUGAGAGGGAGACCUAGUGAAGCACCUUUAACCGGAUGCUGGCUUUGACACUCCAUGGACCUUGGCGUAACAGCAGUUGAAGGAUUAUAUAUGUCACUCCACCUAGAAACAGCAGCUCUCUGUUGUUGAACAUUAUCUGCUUGUCCAGCAUGGAAUCACAGGUUUUAUUGAAUGGUUUCACUGAUAACUUGAAGACAAUCGAUGCAGACUGAAUAUUAUGGCCAGUUAAGAUUAGAAGGUCUUUAUUUUAUAACGCAAAACUUUGUCGUUUCCUACUUUGUAACUUCUUUCUUUCUGUGACCAGACUCGGAUUUUGUUUCCCUUCGGAGGAUGAAGUUCGCAAGAAAAAAAUAAAUUAUUAGUUAAAUGUACACAAUCCCUCAAUAAACAAAACAAUAAAGCUAGUAUACUUCUACAGUGAGGCUUCCAUUGUGGUCUGAUGACUAGCAUGUGAAUGCUUUCAGAAUAUAAGCUGUUAUCUGUCCUGUGUUCAGAUAGAGCAUAGAGCAAGUCCUGUGUUACAAAUUGUUCAACAAUAUGUCACCACCCAUUAUUCAGUUUUCCAUCCCUGAAUUACUUUUCCCUGCUUGGCUAAGAUUCUGAAGGGUUUUGGCCAUACAGUCUCCUGUGGAAGAGAACAUCACAAGCCAAGUGCUAUUUUACUGUCAUCAUCAACCAUCUUCUCGGUUUUUGAAUUCUUUUAAAAUGGGAAUUUUGGGACACAAAUUAGUUAAUAUUAUAGAAUAAAUUGUACAUUGCAGUAUAUUCUGGGAGGAGAAGAUAUUAAUGUUAAUUCAGUGAUGUAGAAAACAAUAUUGCAGUUGACAAACCAAAGUAAGCUUGCCUAGAAUCUUAACCUAGUUCAUAAUCUAAAGCUGCACUUACUGACCCUGAUAAACUCAGUGUCUAACUCUUAGAUUGUCAGCCCACCACACCCCUCACCCCCUCAUAGAGCUGAUAGCCAUCACCAGAAGGCAGCUGACAAAGACUCCUGCAGACUCACAUAAAGGGAGAGGAAAGGAAACACAGCGGGCACCCUCACUCUUCGUACCCACAUCUUGCUGUGAUGAUCCCACAAGUUUAGAUUCAGUCUUUAGGUAAAUUUAUAUCUCAGCUUCACUGUCUGUUCUGUGACUGCAACACUGAACACAUUCAUACUGCAACCAGAUAACACCUUGUUCUGGAGUGAUUUUCGAAUUGUGAUUACUUUGUUGUUAUAUUUUGUAGGCAGUAGAGUGAAAGAAUUGUGAAUAAAAUAUAAUACUAUUAAUUGGAUUGUUAAUAAGGAAAGCUUGCUAACCUGUUUUAAUCUUCAGCAUCUACCAUUCAAGUUUGACUUUUUUAUGCUGCCUGAUGUUGGGAAUUAAGUGGAUUAAAGCCCAACAAAAAUGAAAAGCUAACUUUACUGCUCUUACCGAUAAAAUAUGCAUCUUUAUCAUUAUUUGGCAUGUUUUAGGUUUUGCAUUUGCACAACUUUCUUUCUUUAAAUUUCAUUCCUGAACUCUGUGUCGUUCUUGUUGCUCAAGUACUCCCCACAGUCUUGCUGUGCAGACGGAGAAUCACUGAAAAGGCUCCUGCAUCCUCCUUAAUUUUUACUUUUGGUUUGCAAUUUUUUUAAAUGAGUUUCCUUUCGCUAGGAAAUUAGGGAAGGUGAAUAUGGCGGUGCUCAGACUUGACUGACCUGGCAAUGUCAUAUCUGAUAUCUGGUGAUAAUAUUUUGUCUUGUACAAAAAGAGUUUGUACAUAUAUUGUACAUGGUUUCAUUUUGUAUCUUUUCUCAAAUUAAAACUGUUGUAUUU